AUGGAUGACGCAGAACUAGAUCAGAUCCGCAAAGCCCGUCUUGAGCAGCUCAAGGCCCAGGGUGGUGGUGGCGGAGGCUCAGGCGGCGGCGGUCCCUCGGCCGGCCAACAAGAACAGCAGCGACAACAGCAAAACGACGCCCGCCAGCACGCCCUCAACCAGAUCCUGCACCCCGAAGCGGCCGACCGCCUGGGCCGCAUCCGCCUCGUCAAGGAGGAGCGCGCCAACGACGUCGAGGACCGCCUCAUCAUGCUCGCGCAGUCGGGCCAGCUGCGCCAGAAGGUCACCGAGGCCCAGCUCAAGGAUCUCCUCAACGCCAUGUCGGAGAACAAGGAGGAGAAGAUCGUCGUUAAUCGUCGCAAGGCUUGGGACGACGAUGACGAC